AUGAAGGCUGCACCGCUGCUGGUGUCCUGGCACAACGAGAACGCACCCAUAUACUCUGCCCACUUCGAACCCUCCGGCAAGGGACGACUAGCAACAGCUGGAGGAGACAACAAUGUGCGGCUCUGGAAGGUUGACAGCAACGGAGAAGACCGCAAGGUCACCUAUCUCUCCACCCUAGUCAAGCACACACAAGCCGUGAACGUUGUGAGGUGGAGUCCACGAGGCGAGGUGCUUGCCAGUGCUGGUGACGACGGCAAUAUACUCCUCUGGGUGCCAGCUGAGAACCAGACAAACACACACAACUUCGAAGAAGGUCUGGAAGACAAGGAGUCAUGGCGAGUCAGGACAAUGUGCAGGUCUAUAGGAUCUGAGAUAUACGAUCUCGCUUGGUCACCCGACGGCGUGUACUUCAUCACGGGCAGUAUGGACAAUGUUGCCCGCAUCUACAACGCCCAAACAGGAGCUAUUGUACGGCAAAUCGCCGAGCACAACCAUUACGUGCAAGGUGUAGCGUGGGAUCCUUUGAACGAGUUCAUUGCGACACAAUCGUCGGAUCGCUCAGUACACAUCUAUACCUUGAAGACAAAAGACGGCAAAUUUGCGCUUGAUCCACACAACAAGGUCGCGAAAAUGGACCUUCCCGCUCGACGCAUAUCCUCGAACAGUCCUGCGCCUCCCGACUUUGGCGCUCGAGCUUCAUUUGCUGUCGACUCUGCCCUCAGCGUUGGCUCUCCUGUGCCUUCAAUGCCUGGCACUCCACAGUCCCUGGCUUUGCCUGCCAUGCAUCCACCACCUACAUCCCACAGUCGCCGUUCUUCCUUCGGUGCUAUGUCAUCACCGUCAGUGCGUCGCUCUGCUUCGCCAGCACCAUCGAUGCCUUUACCCGCAGUCAUGCCCAACUCACCCAGCUUGAGCAGCAUUGGCACCCUUGGUGUUCGCAAUGCACCUAUCUACUUCAACGAGACUUUGACCUCAUUCUUUCGACGUCUGACCUUCGCCCCUGACGGAAGCCUGCUCUUCACUCCCGCCGGACAGUACAAAGCUCUCAACCCAUCGUUGGCAGAUGUUGGCAAGCCAACCGAAGACAUCACCAACACCGUGUAUAUCUACACUCGGGCUGGCUUAAACAAACCUCCGGUUGCCUUCUUGCCUGGACACAAAAAGCCCUCGGUGGCCGUGCGUUGCUCGCCUGUCUAUUAUACCCUACGCCAGAGUGGUCCACCUACCAAGCAUGUCACUAUCGAUACGUCUAUGGACGACGACAUGCCGUCUCUCCCAGAACCCGUACUGCCCUCCAUGCAUCCCACAUCACACUCCUCGAUGGACCCACCACCUAUCACAAGUGCGCCCUCGCCCGCACCAGCAGCGUCACCCGCGCCGGCAGAAGGCGAAGGUCCACCAUCUGGUCCGCCGUCAGCAUUCAGUCUGGGCUAUCGUAUGAUCUACGCGGUUGCAACUCAGGAUGCGAUCCAUAUUUAUGACACCCAACAACAAAAGCCACUGUGCAUUGUCAGCAACCUGCACUUUGCCACAUUCACUGACCUCACCUGGUCGAGUGACGGGUCGACUCUGCUCAUGACGUCUUCAGACGGAUUUUGCUCCGCUAUCACCUUCAACCCUGGCGAAUUGGGAGAGAAGUACACGGGACCUCUCGCCUCGCAAAGCAAACGGCAAGCGACUCCAGCUGCGAUCAACAUCAGCGCCGCACAAUCGUCGAACCACUCCACCCCCACAGCAACCCCAACGGGCAUAAACAUUCCCAUCCAGACCAUAGAGAAAGCGCCAGCCAUGCAACGACAACCUUCGGCAGGGUUUCCUGCAUCGCCAAGUUCGUUCGUACCUGCAAGGCCUGGCAGUCCGACAAGAAGUAACUCUGUCUCAAGCAUUGCCACGGCAUCGUCAUUCGCCCCAGGCGUUGCUGACUCAGGCUCUAUGAACGCACCUACUCCAGCAAUGUCCUCGGUACCUAGUCUCGCGGCAGCAAACUCUGGCCCUGUUCCUACGUGGACACCACCACUCACUCCGGCGCACGGGCAAGGCAAUACCCACAGUGCAAGCAGCUCUGUAAGCGGUGUUCCGGCAAUGCUACCCGGAGGAAGAGAAAGCGAACAAAGCGAGUCAGGUCGUGAAGAUAUCGCAGUGUCUGGCCUGAGGAAGCGCGAUCUGCAGUCUGUACCAGAAGAUGACGGUCGAGAGAGCAAGAAGAGGCGCAUUGCGCCUAUACCUGUCACUAUGGCGAACGAGGGCGACAGUGCGAUCGUGAGUGAGGAGAACACACCUGCACCAGCGGCCCCCGGUCAGCACCGAUGA